AUGGAGGGACACUCCUCCACCCAUCCCUCCAUUCCCCACUCUGAGCUGGAGAGGACUAGCAUUGGGCAGAAUCAAGACAAGGUGGAUGGGGAUGAACAUGCCAGCAGUGGAGGGGCAGAGGAGAGGGGGCCCUGCCCCGACCCAGGGGAAGCAGGCAGGGAUACAGGUGGUGCCAUGGAGGGAGGAAGCCCCUGUGAGGAGGCCGGUAAAGCCGGGGAGGACCCAGCGAUAGCUGAUGCUAAAAGUCUGAAUGAAGGUCCAGGCAUGGAGCCAACAACACCUUCGGCAGAGAAAAACCAUAGCACUCAGAAAGGGGUGAGUCCUUUCAAGGAGGGGGAGGUAAAGCCACAUGGACAUGAAAACAAGGGUGACAUUGAGAAAGAAAAUAAAGUGUCAGAGGUGGCAAGGUGUGACAUUAAGCCUGACCUGAAUGAUAAUCACAAACAAAGUGAGCUGGAAGGGGCAGGAUCCCCUACAACUGACCCUCCCACUCAUAGGGACAAAGAAGCCUUGCCCAUGGGGCAUACAGAGGAGCCCAGCUCCAUUUUGGAGAAGCUUCUGAAAAUAAACAAAAAUGAGCCGUCUCCAGAUCUCUCCAAAGUUAAAAAGGUGGUCUCUGUGUCAAGGGACCAGUCUGAUGACCAUGACCAGCUGCAACCUGAGACAAAGCUUCAUCCAGUGGCUGUGGAGACAGGGGCUGUGCCAACACCAAAACCUGCAGUGAAGGAAACAACACCAAAACGUGCUGCCAAGGAAACAACACCAAAACCUGCCGCCAAGGAAACAACACCAAAACCUGCUGCCAAGAAAACAACACCAAAACCUGCCGCCAAGAAAAGAACACCAAAACCUGCUGCCAAGAAAACAACUCCAAAACCUGCUGCCAAGGAAACAACACCAAAACCAGCUGCCAAGGAAACAACACCAAAACCUGCUGCCAAGGAAACAACACCAAAACCAUCCGCUGAUAUUGCAAAGACAGCUCCAGAUCAAAAUAACCCUGGAUUACAAUGCCAUAUUGAGGAGGAAACCAUAAUGUUAUCAUCCUCUGUAUGUACAACAGAGAGACUCCCUGGAGCAGAAGCUAACACUAAGCCCUGUCAUGAGGAGAUUCAUCCACAAAGCCUGGAAAAAAGUGACCAGGCAGGGAAAACUACUCAGGACUCUACAGAUAUCAUCUGUUCACCAGCUCCACCUCUGGAGACUGGAUCUGUCACUGAUAGAGAAGCAGGAAUGUCAUCACUGAUGGAUGAGGCUUACUGUAUGGCUUCAGAACAUGACUUUGCAACAACAGCUGCCUCGCCCCAAAAUGAGGGGAAGACGAUGAAAAAUACUCCCCCAGCUGAGACCCCAUCACCAGAGACUAGGAGUGAGGUCAUCACAGAAAAACCUGCAUCUUCCUCAGUGUCUGAUGAGGGCGUCAUUGAGUCUACUGAGUCUCCAUUCUGCAAUAAAGAGGAUGAUCAAACCACAGAGCCCCUGCCUUUGCACAACAUUGAUGAAUCACCAAGCGCUAUCACUGUCACUGAGAUUCCUCCACCAACACCCAGGCAAUGCACCUCAGAGGCCUUGCAUGCUGAGUCUAUGGAGGAGGCUAAGACCAUGAAGGACCCUCCUCAAAUAACACACAUCCCAGUUGUAGUGAUAGAGGCUGCCUCAGCCUCGGUAGGAACUGGGAGUGCUCUAUCAGCAGAAAGCCAAGAGAGUAUGGAUAAUCAGAACAAAGAUGAGAAGCUUCAGUCUCAAGAUGUUACAUUAAAAACAGAGCUUGUGUCAGAGCAAGUCACAGAGAGCAACACUGCUGUCCACUUUGAUGAAAAGUCUACCCAGGACAGGGACCAAACUGUCUCAGAGAGUGGCAAACACCAGGAUACUCCUAAAUCAAGGCCUGUCUCUGAACUCUUAAAGGAGAACAUUCUACUACAAGAAAAGCUGAAGCAUCCGGAUAUGACAAAGCCAUUGGAAGCUAAACCUGAUGGAGUUUCAGAGCAACCCCAGUCUGUGAAUGUGGCUCAAAUGUUGGCGGCUUUUGACACCCCCAAGAAAUCCCCAGAGAAGACACUGGAGAGGAAACCAUCUUUUAGGCUAGUCCUUGGUAAGGUUCUGUACCAGAUCCUGACCUUCCAGAACAAGGUGAAAGAGUGA